AUGGGGGGUGGCGAUCCUGCAGAGGUCACGAUCUGGGGUGCAUCGGCCGGAGGAGGGAGUGUAACUGCUCAACUCAUUGCUGGCGGCGCUUUCGACGAGCCUCCUUUCUCUGCAGCUAUAGCUGAGUACCCUUGGUGGCAACCAUACAUCAACGAGACCCAGCAAGAUAUCACGUAUCGACAUGCGCUUGAGUUGUCUCAGUGCAAGACUACAACUUGUCUUCGUGCGUUGCCGGAAGAACAGAUGGUUGUUCUCGCCCAAGCGGUGCUUAAUGCCUCCUAUCCUGGUCCUGGAGCUGUUUAUGGCGUAGUGGUGGACGACAAGUUCAUUCUCGACCUUCCUAGCCAGGAGUUCGCGUGUGGUCACUUUCAUGAUGUGCCUUUGAUCGUUGGGCACUCGGUCAACGAGGGUAGUAUCUUCGUGAGAAGAAAUUACAGCCCUCAGGUCAUGGCCACAGACGAUGCUGAGCUCCUCUUUCCCUUCGCAGGACCUGCCUUCCUGUCCCGAUUGUACAAUUUGUAUCCACGGGCUGCAUAUGACUCCAUCUCGAACCAGACAGUAGGCUGGUUUGGCGACUUCAACAUCAACUGCCCGACCUACCACACGGCCCACAACGCCAUCGACCGCACCUCCAACAAAUCCGCAGUCUGGAAGAUGCUCUUCAACGCAGGGCGCAAGCGCCAUGGCGCUACCUUCGAGUACCUCAAUUCCAACUACACCGGUCUUCCGCAGGCCAGUAAUCAGACUCUGGGGCAGAUUAUGUCUUCAUACUGGAUGUCUUUCAUCAUGACUCAGGACCCUAAUGUGUUGAGGAUGGAUCGUGCGCCUGAUUGGCCUAGCUAUGCUAGUGGAGGGAUCGGGACGCUUGAUACGGGAGAGGCUGUGGGGUUCCAGACGUUGGAGGUGAUGGAUGAUGCGAUGGAGGCGGUGGUUGAUAACGAUGCGUCGGCGAAGUGUGACUUUUUUGCGAGUCGUGCUUUCCAGGUGCAGAAUUAG